CGUCACAUGUUGUUUUUCCUCUUCAGUUCAGUCACUUAGCGAUAUGUGUUAUUUACUGGUUAACUGUUACGCACGCCGUAUGCGGUGGUCAGAGCUUGGAAUGAGAUAGAAGCGAGAACUACAAACGAGUUUCUCCUCCAUUUGAGCUUUCAAGGGGAGAGAGAACAUACAAGUUAAGCGAGAAAGUGAGAGUUUUUAGGACGCGAGAAUGGCGAGUCCGCCGCAAACUGGAGUGCAUUUACUUUCCAACGUUAACGUGAAUAACAACAACAUUAAGAAGUGUGGAUAUCUGAAGAAACAGAAACAUGGACACAAGAGAUUCUUCGUGUUGAAGGAGCAGAGCGACGGCUUCCCUGCCCGGCUGGAAUAUUACGAGAGCGAAAAGAAAUGGAAGAACAAAUCGGCAGCUAAGAGGGUUAUACCCCUGGAUUCCUGCUUGAACAUCAACAAGAGGGCAGACGCCAAACACAAACACCUCAUCGCCCUUUAUACCAAGGACGAGUAUUUUGCCGUGGCCGCAGAAAAUGAGCAGGAGCAGGAAAAUUGGUAUCAAGUCUUAACGGAUUUAAUGAAUGAGGGGAGAGUGUAUGACGGAUCGUGUAAUUCCGCCUCAUCGCUGGUGGGUUUUGACGAGGCAAGCUACGGUAUGAUUACGCCGGUAAACGCCGCUUACAAGGAGGUUUGGCAAGUAAAUUUGAAAUCGAAAGGACUGGGUCAGACUCGGAAUUUAACGGGAGUAUACAGACUUUGUUUAUCAAGCCGGAGCAUUAGCUUCGUCAAACUGAACUCGGAGGUGGCGUCCGUCAGUUUACAGCUGAUGAACAUUCGGAGAUGUGGCCACUCUGACAGCUUUUUCUUCAUCGAAGUGGGAAGGUCCGCGUCCACUGGUCCUGGUGAACUCUGGAUGCAGGCGGACGAUUCCGUUGUGGCUCAGAAUAUUCACGAAACUAUUUUGGAGGCCAUGAAAGCGAUGAAAGAACUGUCAGAAUUCCGACCGCGCAGCAAGAGCCAGUCCUCAGGUACAAACCCCAUCUCCGUGCCCAGCAGGCGGCAUUUGAACAACCUCCCGCCGAGUCAGACGGGGCUGCUGCGCCGCUCUCGGACGGACAGCAUAGCCGCCACGUCUCCCGUUACCAAAUUUUCAUCGUGUCGGAUAAGAACGGCCAGCGAGGGCGACGGAACUAUGGCACGCCCGAUGUCAGUGACCGGCAGCCCCAUCAGUCCCAGCGUGAACCGUACCCAGCUGAGCAGGUCCAACACAGUGACAGCUCGCCCUUGUCGGACAUUUGAAUCCCCCUCCCUGCAGCAUAGCAAAUCCAUGUCCAUGCCCGUGUCUCACUCCCCACCCUCAGCCACCAGCCCCGUCAGCCUGUCGUCCAGUUCUGGGAUCGGCUCCAACCUGGACAGCGCUCCCCGCCCGUCGAGCUGCAGCGCGUCUGUCUCGGGGUCGCCUAGCGACGCCGGCUUCAUUUCCUGCGACGACUGCGCCUCCAGCCCCGGGGACGGCGCGAGGGGCUACCUGCUGGCCUCCAACCGGAGCAACACCCCCGAGUCGUUCACCGACACGCCGCCCUCGCAGGGGGACCUGCACGGCUACAUGCUCAUGGAGCGCCGGCACACGGGGCUCGCCCCCUUCUCCCACGCCGGCCAGCGGCUGUCCCAGGACGGCCUGCUCCUGGACCUGGAGAAGGCCUACCGCAAGAGGACCCACUCCCUUACCAUGCCUCACCAGAAGAGGGCGCCGGCACAGGUCUCCUCGGCCUCGCUGGACGAGUACACGCUCAUGAGGGCCACCUACACCACCGCCGCCUCCGGCAACGGCCUGGGCGGGGGCCACGCCUCCUCCUCGUCGGGCCGCAGCUCGCACACCGCCUCCCCAAAGGUCACGUACCCGGAGGACUACGGCGACAUCGAAAUCGGAUCCCUGCUCAAGAGCCCCGGCGGGGGGCCCCACCUGGCCAGCGAGGACGCUGGCUACAUGCCCAUGACCCCCGGCGCGGCGGCGGCAGGAGGAGCGCUCCCGGGAGGCAAGGACGACCCCUACAUGCCCAUGAGCCCCAUGUGCGUGUCGGCCCCCAAGCAGAUCAUCAACCCCCGGGGCCACCACGUGCUCCCGGCCUCCGGUUCCGGCUCCGGUUCCGGCGGCUUCCGCACCAACUCGCCCGGCGGCAGCAGCUGCUCGCUGGAGGACAGCGGCUACAUGAAGAUGCUCUGCGGCUCCAAGCUGUCCAUGGAGAGCUCCGACGGCCGGCUGGGCAACGGCGAGUACCUCAACAUGUCCCCCGUGGACCCGUCGUCGUCCUGCGCCGUCUCCCUCACCCCUCCCGACUACUUCCUGGCCUCGCUGGGCCCCGCCGAGAGGCACCACCUGCAGCAGCAGCAGCAGCACCCUUUCUCCCACGCCAUGCAGCGGGUGCCUUACUCCUUCAACUCCCUGCCUCGCUCCUACAAGCAACAGCAGCAACAACAACAACAACAACAACAACAGCAGCAGCAGAACGGGAACAGUGACCAGUACGUGCUGAUGAGUCCGCAGGCGCAGAGGAUCCUGGAGGAGGCGUCCGAUGCCGGACGAUGCUCUCCCCAGCGGCAGCCCGAGUCGGCGACGACGAUCGUCGGCCUCUUGCCCUCCUCCUCCUCGUCCCCCUCCUCCUCCUCCUCCUCCUCCUCCUCCUCGUCCGGCCCGUCUCCGGUCCGGCAGGGUCUCGUGCACCGCGGCCGCCUGAACCGGCCCUCGCGCCUCUCCCUGGACACUCUGCCCACGCUGCCCAGCAUGACCGAGCACCCGGUGCCCUCCGAGCCCAAGAGCCCCGGCGAGUACGUCAACAUCGACUUUGGCGCCCAGCACGUCUUCACGCCCCCCUCGUCGUCGUCGUCGCCGCAGCCCUGCAAGGUCCCCUCCUCUUCCUCCUCCUCCUCCUCCUCUUCAUCGUCGUCGUCGUCUUCGUCGUCGGCGGGCGGGAGCCCCUUGACCUCGUCGCUGGGCUUCCCCAACAGCCAGAGGGGAUCCCCGGUCCUGUCGGACUACAUGAAUGUGGACCUGAGCUCGUGCUCCCCGAAAAGGGAACUGGUCACCUCCGGCCUGGACCCGCUGGACUCGCUGCCGGAGCUGUGCCCGUGCGAGGAGAAGGACGAGGGCACCGACGAGGAGGAGAGGGAGGGGGUGACGUACUCUCUGGCGCCGCCUGCCGUGCCCGCCUGCCCGUCGGUGAGCGCGAAGGACGACUACACGGAGAUGACGUUCGGCGGAGGGGCCGGCUCCCCCGCUGCCCAGUCCAGCUGCGGCAGCCUGCAGUCGGCAUCGGCCGGCGACUCCGCUCAGCUCACCACCAGCCCCACCGUGCGCGUGCAGAGGCUGACGCUGGCCGACGCCGCUGCCGCCGCCGCCGCCGUGGUCAGCACCGGCGCCUGCGGGGGGAUCGAGGCGUUCCUGCUGCCCGGCGGCUCCCCGCCCGUGCUGGUCUCGGACCCCGACCGGGGCGCCAAGGUGAUCCGGGCGGACCCCCAGGGCCGCCGGCGCCACAGCUCGGAGACCUUCUCCUCCACCACCACCGUGACGCCCGUCUUCCCCUCCUUCGCCCACCCCGCCCGGCGGCACGCCAGCGCGUCGGUCGAGAGUGUUCCGGCGACGGUGCGCGACAGCGAGAGCGCCGAAGAGGGGCCCUCGUACUCCUCGUCCAACAGCCCCAUGUGCCGCCAGACGUCGGCGGGCUACCAGAACGGACUUAACUACAUCGCCUUAAACCUGAUGGACGAGGGUCUGCCCGGGUGCGACGCUCUGGUGCGCUUCAAGGCUACCAGCUGCUGCAAAGGAGGCAUCAAUGGAAUACACGCCAGUCCCUAUGCCAGCCUUGGCUUCAAGGAAACGGCCACAGCCGUGAAAGAUUGACCGGUGUAGGAGGAGACCCCCACCCCCCACCCCACACAAACACACACCCCAGAGAGGAGGGUGGCCCUGGCUGGACUGACACUCAGAGAGGCCACAGACUGACCCCCCCCCCCCCCCCCCCCCCCCAAAGACAGAUGUAUUUCCCAAGCCUCUGCUCUAGGCCACCCAUCUCUGACCUUCCAGGAGCCUUUGGGGGCCGCAGUUGUCACGGCAACAUGGACAAUUGACUCCCGCCCCUAAGAGGACCCAACACCCCACUCCAGACCCUUCUUGCUCCAGAAAAGGAGCCCCCCCCCCUCCCCUCCCCAAACCAAUCAUCUGCCCAAUGGAUCUCCAAUGAUCAGGAACUCUUGCUGCUUUUCAAUGAGAUUUUGGACUCACAAGUAAAACGAAACAAAAAAAACCUAGUGAGGUACACACAGUGGUACAUCCAUGUUGACUUAUGAUUUCUUCCUAAUGAGUAGGGUUGAUUUUAAAGACAUAAUUAUUAUUCCUAAAUUAUAUUCCUUUUCCCACUGGUUUCAUUGCGCAUUUUGACUGUGAAUCUAGGUUGCAAUGAAAGCAUACAUACACAUACACACACACACACACACACACACACACACACACACACACACACACACACACACAC